CACAUUACAUUAGUUCCUCAAGCUGCGGAACAUGAACUCACAACAGCAUGUCACGAUAACCGUUUAUAUGUAGGUGUAGCUGCACACGGCCUGAAGCCAUGACGGGGGUUUUGAGCAGCCUUUACAUUUCGUGCGUUUUAUUAUUUAUUAGUUAUCAUUCUGGUGUUUUUAGGUUUUCGUCGGUGACAGCCCAAGAUAUUGAUGAGUCACUGGCGCUCACACUGUCAGAGGAGGCUGCUUCUGACUUAGAGAACAGCCCCAAGUUUGUUGAAUCAGAAGACCUGGAAACUCUGCCGAAGAGGCAGUUCAAGACAGCUGAGAUUGCAGAUGCUCUGAUGGGCACUGAAGUCCCCAUCAAUCCCUCUGAUAUCGAGUCCCUUUUCCCCAAAAAUGUGAAAGACUUCCAGUCAGGUUUCUCUCCGCCUUGUGACGAGGUCAGUGCCCAGUGCGCUUCGUCUGCCGCGGCGGCUACAGGAGCGUCACUGGAGGAGACGGGCACCGAACCGUCACAGCAGGUCACCCUUGACAUAGUGCACGCAACCUCCGAGGAGCAGAACACCACAGAAACUGCCAAGACGUACAAAGUGAAUUGUGAUAAGAGAAACUUCACAGAAAUGGACAGUUUUGCUGUACAUGUCCUCAACGUUUCACAGGACCUGAUGGAGUACCUGAAUGUGAACAGCACAGAAUGCUCUGUUGUGCUGUUCUUCACCACGUGGUGCCAGUUCUCCGCCAGCCUGGCACCUCACUUCAACGCCCUGCCCAGAGUCUUUCCCGGCAUGCACUUCUUGGCACUUGAUGCCUCUCAACACAGCAGCCUCUCCACAAGGUUUGGGACCGUGGCUGUGCCCAACAUUCUUUUGUUCCAGGGGGCCAAACCCAUGGCUCGCUUCAACCACACUGACCGAACGCUGGAGACACUCACCUCCUUCAUUGCUAACCAGACAGGGUUUGAAUCUGUCACUGACAGAAACGUGACGGACGCUGACCGCCUGGGCCCCCUCCCCAGCGUCCCUGUGAGCAGCAUCGACUGGCUACUGGUCUUCUCCAUCCUCUUCAUCACAGGCUUCUUUAUUUACGCCAUCCUGAGAACGGACAGCAUCCGCUGGCUGAUACCGGGACAGGAGCACGAGCAUCAGGACUGAAAACGCAAAAGCCAGGAAAACCACUAGAUGUAAACAUCACUCGAUCAACAAUUUAGUUUGUUAUUGAUCGUGAGCUAAUUUGUUGAUAUUUUAAGUGUUUUUUGGUCAAAACUAAUUCAUUGAGCCAUUUGGAUUUAUAAUAAAAAAAUUAUUAUCUUU